GAAGAAGCCCCUACCUUGAAGAGACCUGCUGCGCGUCAGCCUAAAGCCAAAGCAAAGGCAGCCGCUGAGAAGGCCGAACCUGCGGCCGAAGCAGAACCCGAGGAGCCUCAGGGCGACGAAGCCCCAGAGGACAUGGAGGUGGAGGAGGAAGCUGAAGAGCCGGUUCUCAAGAAGCCAGCUGCAAAAUCUGCUGCAAAGGCCGCCCCAAAGGGAAAGGCCAAAGCAAAGGCCGCUGCAAAGGCUGUGGAAGAGCCUGAGCAGCCAGAGGAGGAAGAGCCCGAAGAGGGUGAAGAUGCUGCCGAAGAGGUUGGCGAUGAUGAAGAAAUGGAGGAGACAUCCAUGAAAAGACCUGCUAGUGCGGCACCGAAGCCAGCAGCUGAGGAGCCCGAGAAGGCUGCUGGCAAAGCGAAGGCAAAGGGCAAGGCCAAAGCAAAAGCCAAGGCCAAGGUGGCACCGCCUGAGGAAGAGGAAGAAGAAGAAGAACCUGCAGAGGAAAUGGAGGAAGAAGCUGAAGAGGAGGAGGAAGCGGAAGACGUGGUGAUGAAGAAGCCAGCUGCAAAGGCUGCGCCAAAGGCGACGGCUAAGGCGGCAGGCAAGGCAAAAGCCAAAGCAAAGGCAGUCGCGAAGGCCAAAGAGGAGGAAGAAGAGGAAGAGCAAGACGCUGAAGAAGAAGAGGAGGAUGAUGAAGAGGAGGAAGAAGAGGAAGAUGAGGAGGAGGAGGAAGAAGAAGCCGAAGAAGAGGAUGAGGAGAUGGCCGAAGAAGAGGAAGAGCCUGUGGUCAUGAAGAAGCCCGCUGCCAGAGCGAAGGCCGCGCCAAAGUCUGCGAAGGCUACACCCAAGGCAUCCCCGAAGAAGGCCGCCACCAAGAAGGCCGCAGUGAAGCCUCACGCCAAGCCGAAGGCCAAGGCGAAGGUUUUGAAGAAGCCUGCCACCAAGCGCUGA